AUGAACGGAGCCAGUGGGUACACCUGUCUUCUGGUGAGCGGUUUCGUCCUGGCCUGCUCUGCCAUGAGGCGCUAUGCGCUGCUGGUACUCCUACCCGCCUUCGGUUCUGUCGCUGUGAUCCAUUCAGCUGGCCCACAGCAAGCCCACAAAUGGGCAUUUUCCUUUCAGAUGGCCUGGCAGACCCUUUGCCACAUGGGACUGCAUUAUAAAGAGUAUUACCUGGAAGAAGCUGUGUGCAUCAGGUUCUCCGUGGCUCUUUCUGUCCUCAUGCUGAUGACGCAGAAGGUGACCUCGCUCGCUCUGGAUAUCCAAGAAAGAAAAAGAGGCCUGGGAGCUCUGGUUCUGGCCCUCGUGAAAAACAUCGUGAGAGGAUACGCUUCCCCUCCGGAUGAGGUGAGCGGUUGCCGGCACUUGGGUUGUGUUCCCGCACUGUGGACUUCGGCCCUGUUCUUCAGGCUAGCCUAUUAUUCACACUGGAUGCUGGACGAGUCCGUCUUCCUCGCCGCCGGUUUGGGGCUGGAACCGGGUCAUGACCGACAAGGAGGGACUGCUGAUGGAGUUCUCCUAGACACGGACAUCUGGACCCUGGAAACCACCAACAGGAUCUCUGUCUUUACCCGAUCAUGGAACAAGAGCACAGCUCAGUGGCUUCGAAGGCUCAUAUUCCAGAGGUGUAGCUCUCAUCCCCUGCUGGCGACCUUUGCCUUCUCGGCCUGGUGGCAUGGCCUCCAUCCGGGCCAGAUCUUCGGGUUUCUGUGCUGGGCUGCGAUGAUAGAAGCGGAUUACCGCAUUCAUCACUUUUCCCAGUCUUUGGCAAAAUCACAGCCUUGGAGGCUGAUGUAUCAGACCCUGACCUGGUGUCAGACACAGCUGAUAGUGGCGUACAUUAUGCUUGCGAUUGAAAUGCGGAGUCUCACCAUGCUUUGGCAGCUGUGUUCUUCUUACAACAGCUUCUUCCCGCUAGCCUAUGUCAUUUUGCUCCUACUCUUAGCAAAGAGAAGCGCCAGCAGCCGUGUUGCCCCUCAAAUACCCCGUUCUUAA